AGGGUACCUAGUAGUAUAAGCAAGCAUAAGAGCAUAAAACUUACUAAGAUAUCAUGCAUAAAUUGUAGGUAUUAGGCAUAACUAUAAUCAGGCUAUGCCUCUUAGGGAUUAGUGCGCACACGCACAAUUCCCACCUGUCCAAAACUUCUACAACUUUCAUCGCCGCCCCACCAUGUUCAACUUUUUCCCUCUUUUGAAUUUUGACCAUCGUGAAAGGACUCGAUUCGAUUUCCUCGCGACCAAUAACUUCCAAGAUGGAUUCCGAAGACCCCCAAGAGAGACCUGAGGAUAUUACCAGCAUCAUCAAUGGUUUAGAGAGAUAUAACCCCGAGGCUGUAGGCCACCUUGAGGACUACCUGCGCCUUCAAUGCGAGAGCCGAUACACAGACUCCAACGCAAACCGGACAUUACUGAAGCUAUACCAACUCAACCCUGACCGCGUCAAGGAUGAGGUCAUCACGAAUGUUCUAGUGAAAGCCUUGACAUGCUUUCCUUCGCCACAAUUCGCUUUGGCGCUACACCUCAUCCCUCCAUCCCUCUUGGCACCUAACUCGCGAGCCGAACUACCUGAGGCCAUCACCAAGCUGCGAGAACUGAGCAACCAACUUCAAGGAGCACAAUACGCGCGUUUCUGGGCGACGUUGGACUCGGACGACCUAUAUGCCGAUCUUACUACCGAUAUCGAUGGAUUUGAGGAGCUCAUCCGUGUACGCAUCGCCACACUCGUCAGCCACGCCUACCGUGAGAUCGAGUUGUCUGUUCUAGAGCAGUGGCUAGGUCUAGAAGGCCAAGCCGCUCUCAAGUUCGUUACCGAGACAGCUGGCUGGAAGGUUGACGACAACAACCUAGUCCAGAUCCCCAAGAACCCUGAGAAUGAGGCCAAAAAGACCGAGGUCCGUGAGGAUGUCAACGUGGACAUGUUCUCGAGAGUCAUCAGAAGGGCUUGGGAAGAAACCAUAUAAGUAAUGCGUUUGACGAUUCUGGCGAUGACAAAAGGGCGAAGGUGACGGUACAAACCAGCAUUGGGAAAAAAGGCUUUAUAGUCAAAGUCUUUGGCGUUACGGGCGACAGUUCAGGGAUCCUGAACCUUGAUGUGUACUGCUUAUUCCGCCGUUUAUGAAUAGGCGGCUACGAGUAUCAGAAAUGAAUAAACACUACGAACUGACAAA